AUGCCUCGCGAACUUGCUCGUCUCGCCACUCCAGCCCCAGCUCCAUCCGCAUCCCGAUCGCCAUCCCGGUCUCCCUCUCAAACAUUCUCCAGGUUCAACUUGCUCCCCCUCGAGCUUCGGUUUAAGGUCUGGGACUACUCUAUCAACUCCAUCGAUCCAGAUGUUAUAUCCGCGUGGUGGGACCCUACACACCGGGUCUUCCGAUCAAGACGCAAACCACCAGCAGUCCUACAUUGCUGCCAGGAAUCCCGGAGAGAAGGUCUCAAGACUUAUUUCUUGAGCUUUGCAAAAGAUCGUGAAUUUGGACGCAUCUACUUUUGCUAUAACAAAGAUGUUGUACAUUUCCGCUGGGAAACUCUAGGCGCGUCGCCAGGACGUCUCAGCAGGAAGAUAGGCGAUACAGAUUAUUCGAAUCUUCAACAUUUGAUGAUUGCUGAGCCUAGCCUACUUGCUCAUGCAGACGAAGACCUGAGGGAACUGGAGCGCUUCACGAGCUUGCAAUUAAUUGUGGUCAUGUGCGAUCUUAGAAUCGUCGAGGAGGGUUUUAUCUAUGGACGGGAAGACUUGCUGGACGUGUUCGAUUGGUUGGACGAGGAGAUGGAAGACCAAAAGGAAACGGCAGAUCAGACAUGGCCAACUUUGGUGUGUCAAAAUCCACGUAGAGAUAAAUCAGCUAUCGAUGUUCCGUGUAGCAAACACUGGUGGUUUGGCGUGUGGAAUGACAGGGUCAAGGAUAAGCAAAUGGCAAAAUGGCCUGACAUACUGGCAGAGUGCCUACAAAUAACAAGGACCGACAACACGGUUGACGCGGGUGUCUUGUUGACCCUUCUUUUGUCACAAUUUGCUGAAGAUUAUAUCCAUUAUGGUGAUCUUUAG